CCAGUAGUGAUCGCAAGAUGGCAGAGUUGCGAGUGUAAGACCGAAGGGAGAGGAUUUCCCCUUUUUUAUCCGACUGUGCGUCCUUCUAUCUACAGGACCUCCUGAGGGAUGCAAGCAAGGAGAUCCCCCUGAAAGAGCGAGAGACCCUGAAGUGUGGAGCUGGAGCUGCUUUGAUGGUGUAGCGAGCCAGCAGAGAACUCCAGUUUUGAAAUUCCACUGAAAAGAGAAAUGAAAGAAGUCCUCUCGACGACAUCCUCCACACUGGAUAUGUGAUAGCAUUGUGUGCGACUGAAAGUGAUAACCGGGCUCAAAUUUGCUUGUCUAGUUUUGUCUUUUUCCUAAAAGUAAAUAUCAUUAUUAGGAUCCUAAUUUACCGAUAAGUCAAAAGUGAAUACGAAAAAGGAGAAAUCGUACAGUCGUACUAGCUAUGACUACAUGCCACCCCCCGAGUCAUCAGACGUGGCUGCACUACUCGGCAGGACAGACCUAGUGAAUCGUUGCUAGGCCCCAGGGACAAGUUCUCAAUUGGCCUGUGGCUUAGGUUUGAUGGUGAACAUUGUUGGUGUCCGUACGUUGGUCCCCCCCACUGUGGGCGGCCCCCCCAUUACCGAGACCAAGAUGACGGCACGGGCCAUUCUGCAGUGUCGACCCAAUUCGCACCCCUUCCCAGAGAGAACGUUAGUCCUUGACCAACCGGUGAAGAUUGGACGAUCGGUGGCCCGCAACCGGCCAGCAACCAACAAUGCCAUCUUCGACUGCAAGGUGCUCUCCAGGAACCAUGCCGUGCUCUGGUAUGAGAAUGGGAAGUUCUACCUGCAAGACACAAAGAGCAGCAAUGGCACAUUUGUCAACAACCAGAGGCUUAGCAAAGGUUCUGAGGAGUCUGCCCCAAGAGAAGUCUGCUCGGGGGAUAUUGUACAGUUCGGUGUUGACGUUAUGGAGAACUCCAGGAAGGUGACACAUGGAUGUAUAGUUGCAACCCUGAAACUAUAUAUGCCGGAUGGUCAGGAGGCUAAGGCCAGUCCUUCAACGGCAGUAGGUGGAGCAGUCACCAGUGUCUCAGCACAGGAACUGUACCAGUUACGAACAUAUCUCCAGGAAGCAACUCACCGUGAACAACAGAUUGAGACAAAAUUGGCUACCUUGCAACGAUUGGUGUCUUCUACUCAGGAAGCUGCUACACAGAGCUGGAAUGCCAUGAUUGAUGAAGAUCGGUUACUGCAACGACUAGAAACCUUAGAAGCUCAACUUACCACAUACUCCAAGAAUUACCCUGAAGAUAGUGUUAGGGAAGAAAUGCGACGAUUACUGGACGAGAAGGACCAGUAUGAGACAACUGCCAAAGAAUCAUUACGACGGGUUUUGCAGGAGAAGUUGGACGCAGUCACCAAGUUGGCAGACUUAGAAAGGACAUUAAGUACAUCUGAGGAUGAAUUGAGUCACAUGAAAGACUUAUGCGAGACAACACAAAAGGAGCUUCAGGAACUGUUGGAGAAGCAAACGACCCAAAACGAGCAGAUUGCCCAGCUUACCGAAAAACUAAAGGCAGCUGAAGAUCAGUUGAAGGAUGUGGAAGAGAAUUUUGAACAAGAGAAGAAGGAACUGGAAAAUAAAUUGCUAGAAAAGAAUAAUGAUGAAAACAAAUUAUUAGCUAGAAUAGAAAGUUUAACAGCAGAAAGUGACUUUACGAAAGAGCAAUUAAGUGCCAUGAAAGCCAAGUAUGAAAAUAUUAAGAAUGGUGAAAUAAGUGGACUUAUUAAGCCUGUAAAGGAUUCCUCAGGUCUAGACAAUAUAAGCAUUGAGUCAGCUGAUGUGAAACAAGCUCUCGAGACUUCCCAGAGGGAGAUCUUCACCCUCAAGGACCGACUCCAAAUUGCUCAGGACGAACUCAGGCAAACGGAAGCGAACGUAUCGCAGCUCAAACAUGAGGCAGAGCUGGCGGACAGUGCAGAGGUUGGAUGCUUGAGCACGCGUGCUCGCCUCCAGGAGGAGCUCUCGGAAAACAAGGCAAAAAGCGCAGCAAGCACAGCCCUGACUGAACACCUCCAGUCCCAGAUUGUUGCCCUGGAAGAUCGCUUGCGGAUGUACGAGGGAGAGUCACACAAGGUCAAGAUUUAUGAUGAUAUCUAUGAAGAUACGUUAGUGAGGAAAAAGAAGAAUAAAAACAAAUUGAACGAGGAUGAUGGAGAGGACACCAAAGACAAGGAGUCCAACGACAUUGGUGAGAUUACGCAGGAUGCCGACACUACCCUCACCAUCAUCCCUACUAAGGAAUCUUGCAAGGAAUCAAAUGUGAAUGGCACAGUUGAAUCAUCCAAGAAUCACUACUGCGCUCGGACAUCCUCAGACUUCAAGCACUUCUUGAUGCAAGUCGAGUUACACAAGAAGCAAGUGAUAUAGAAGCAGCUCGCAUCAGAGAAGAAUUAGCCCAGGCCUCAACUGCAGCCAUAACUGCAUCCCAUGAGGCAUCCAACCUUCGACAACAGUUGGCAGCAAGUGAGGCUUUGAUGAGUGAGAAAGUGAAGAUGGUAGCAUCACUACAGAACCAAGUAAGUCGUAUGGAGGAUUCAGCUAAGGAGGUUCAGGCUCACCUCUCUACUCUCACAGCAAAGCUAAAAGAAGAACAGGAUAAAGUUCAGGCUGCCCAGGAAGAAGCCCACCUUCUUCGAAAAAAAUUGAACAAAGCCGAAGAGCUAGCCAGUCUUACCGUCCAGGAGGCAGAGUCGCUGAAGGUUCGGAUAAUUGGGCUGGAAGAGAGGAUGAGCCAGUCCACUCCAACAACCCCCCUCAUCAUCCCCCCUUCUCCGCGAGCAUCUGGCCUCCCAAGUGACGUAUCACGAGCCGAAACACUUACAGAAAGCGACAGCCAACAGGGCUCCACUGAGGAGCCAGCCGAAGAUACCGAGGUAUUGGAGAGGAGCGACAUCCCUAAUGGCCAUCCCAGUCAGGCUGCUCCUGUUGCUGGAACAGAAACAAAAGAACAGGAAAUAAACACAUUAAAGGACAUGGUUAAGAAACUGCAGGAGGAGCUUUCCCAGACACAGCAACAGUGCACCACGUUGCAGGAGCGAGAGAAGGCGCUGCAACAGGCACUGGAGGGGGAGACUGGGAAGAGUGCAGAUGACUCCAGACCUAACCGUGUGGAUGGAGUUGUCACACCUACCCUGAAUGAUGGACCACUAAUAGCUGAGAAACUGGAGAGCCUCCGGGAGGAGUUAGAAUCCCUUAAGGAGGAGCGCGAUCAUUUGAGAGACAAGCUUGGAGGGGUGGAUGAGGAUUACCAACUCCUCGCUCUGCAAAAUAAAACGGCUGUGGCGCUAUCCAUGGUGCCGCUGUGCAUCUUGAUCUUGGGCUUCAUCACUGCGUUCUAUGACACCCUCUCUGCCUUGACCGGCACGACAGAGUUCAACCCGCCCUCUUAAAGACACUCUUGCAGUCUAUCGAGCACCGUUCUUUGGUUUGUUAUGGACGCUAUGCCAGAACUGUUGAUAGAACCUGUUAUGUUAUUGUCCCUGAUGAUGUAUCCCAUAGCCAU